AAAAACCAAAGUCUGGGCCCCAUGUGGGUAGGUCAUGCUGAGUGUGACCGAACACUACAUUUCCCAAGAGUCGCAGCAGUUCUUGCUUCACUGUUUGCCACUGGAGUUCAGUCUUUAAAAAAAAAUCCCUUCCAUGACACUCUCCGUUAUCUAAAAUCAGUCGGUGCACUGCCAUGGCGGAAUCUGCAGCUUGUCCGCCGUUUCAGCUGGGAAGACCGCGAUACGAUCAGAGCACAUUUCUGGGGAGGCUGAAGCAUUUCAUUGACAUCAUCGACCCCAGCACACUCUUUGUUUCAGAGAGUCGACUCAAUGAAUGUGUUAAGCUCCUCGACGACUUUAAGAGUGGCCGUCUCUCCCCUGGCGUCACUGAUUCACAGCUGUGGGAAGCACAAAAGGUCAAGCAGGCAAUCAUUCAUCCUGACACAGGGGAAAAGAUCUUUAUGCCUUUUCGCAUGUCAGGCUAUGUCCCAUUUGGAACACCGAUAGUGGUGGGCCUUUUGCUCCCAAAUCAGACACUGGGCUCAACUGUAGUUUGGCAGUGGCUGAACCAGAGCCACAACGCCUGUGUGAACUAUGCAAACCGCAAUGCCACCAAGCCCACACCAACGUCUAAGUUCUUGCAAGGGUAUGCUGGAGCGGUCGGCAGCGCUGUCUCCAUUGCAGUGGGGCUCAACAUCCUUAUUCAGAAAUCCAGCAAGUUCAGCCCAGCCACUCGCCUUAUCAUUCAGAGGUUUAUUCCCUUCCCAGCAGUGGCCAGUGCCAACAUCUGUAACGUGGGCCUGAUGCGGCACAAUGAGCUCUCCGAGGGUAUCGAUGUAAUGGACAACAACGGAAACGUGGUCGGCUCUUCACGCAUUGCUGCCAAACAUGCGAUAAUGGAGACAGCCUUCACGCGCGUGGUCCUGCCGCUGCCCAUUUUCGUCCUCCCGCCAAUGAUCAUGGCCUACCUCGAAAAGCUGCCCCUCCUCCAGGCGAACCGCCGUAUGAUGCUGCCCAUCCACAGCUUCGUGUGCCUGGCUAUCUUCGGCCUCUCCCUGCCCCUGGCCAUCAGCCUGUUCCCACAGAUGUCUCAGAUUGAGGUCUCUCACCUUGAGCCGGAGAUCGCCAUGGCAACAGACUGUAAGGUGGUGACCUACAACAAGGGACUGUGAAGGCGACUGCUGACGACCGCAACAGAAAUGCACACACAAAUGGAACAAAUGGAUCUCACAAUGUGUAGCCAAUCAUCACAUGUGAAUCUAGCACUGGAAAGGGAGCAUCUGUUUAUUCUGAACAGUUCUUAUUUCUUACUUGGAGGUUGUUGUUGUUGGUUUGUUUUGUAGCCCUAAAGCAAUACUUUAUGGUAAAAAAAACUGAUGAAUUAUGAGUUGUUUUAACUUAAUCCAGGGUCUCAAUCGCACUGCAAUAUACACGUAUCUUAGGAACUUCUAACAUUCUAAAAGGGAACAUAUCUCUAAUUUUGUUUCUUCUACUUUGAUACUUACUGCUGUAACUUAAACAGAGGUGCCAAUUAUUUAUAGAUUUAUAGACCAGACAUUGGUCAAAUUAAUUAAGUUUCCUACCUGUUUUGAGAUUUAUUUCUAUUACGUAAUACUGAUAUAUGGAAAUUAUACAAAGAAAAAAUGUAUCUGAUAAUACUGCAAUAUCCAUGUAAAAAAUGUUUUGGUCGCAUGGGCUUCGCAUAUUACAUUGGCUUCAGUACUAGCUGAAAUCUUUUCUGUGAAAUAAUAUUUUUUUCUGUAUCUUGUGCCUGUAAUGUAGCCUAAGUGUGAUAUUAUUUAUUGUGCUUUGAUGACCAUUUAGGACAAAUGCUGACUGCGUGCAAGUAAAAUUUAGUAGGCUUAUAUGACGUACAGAAUUAACAUGAAUUGCAUAUUGUUGUUGUUAAUUUGUAAAAUUUAACAUUUAUAACAAAAUCUAUAACUUGUUUUUAAUAUUUAAAUACCAUGGUAAUGUAUUGGUAAAAGUUAUUUGCUAAUUUUUAAAGCAUUGAAUGAUAUUUGCAAUGCAAAUAGUUAAAGUAAUAAUAAAAGGAAA